AUGGUGCAUCGUGGGUUGAAAACCCCGGUCGCUCAAAAACCCGCGUGGCAGGAUUCUACAUUGGUACCUCUAUUCUCCUAUUAUUCGCUGUUGGAAUAUCGCAAGCGGCAUGCAGUACCAGAUGAUUGGCAGCACCUGAUAUAG